UCGGUUUCACCGCUCAAGUAAAUUUGGAACGUCAUGAGUCACUGUGGACCUUGUCUCAUAUACGAGGAAAUAGCAUGUAAGCCUGACUGCAAAAUUUACCUUCUGUUACAAACAAGGUGUUGAAUAGUUCUGUACAGCCUUUGUUUUUUGGUGCACAUGGCAGGAAAAACAAAUGAAAGAGUGGCCAUUUGAAUAUUACAAAUCACCACACUGGUAUUGAUGAACGCAAAUCAAUACGUCAAUUCAGCGUCACCGGUCUGUGAUUGGGCACGAGGUCGCGAUCGCGUGCUGACGAUCAACACGUUGUAGUGCUAUAAACGUGCAUGUGGAAAUACCACUUGAAGUUCAGACUUCAGACGGACGAGUCGCAACAGCAGUGCUUUGUAAUGACAUCGGUAGGAAGGUAAUCGGUGGUUGUAUUUCAAAAGUACGAGGACCAGUUGGAAUUGGACAGUCGGAAUGGCGAUGAUUAGGUUACUGGUCAGCUGUCAGCCGUCCAGGUUUACAGUUCUCGUGUUCGUCACUGCGAUAGCGUUGCUUGUUGUGUUCGAAACCAGCCGUUAUCUGCACACCAAAACGAACCAUAGCUUGUCUUACAUCGGACGCGUUGAUGCCCCAAGACGUGCCAUGUCGACCCAGAGAGACUCGUCACAAAAGCCCAACAUCUUGUUUCUCCUGGUGGACGAUUUGGGUUACAACGAUGUCGGUUACCACGCCAAGAAAGGCGGGUCAGCCAUCAGAACGCCUGCCAUUGAUGAACUCGCCGAGCAAGGAGUCAAGCUGGAGAAUUACUACGUGCAGCCGCUGUGCUCACCGACCAGGAGCCAGCUGAUGACGGGGAGGUACCAGAUCCACAUGGGAAUUCAGCACUAUUUAUUCGAGCACGCCCGACCGCACUGCCUACCGCUGGACGAGGUUACCCUACCGACCAAGUUGAAAGAGGCAGGUUACUCGACUCACGCCAUCGGCAAAUGGCACCUCGGGUUCUGCCAUAAGGCUUGCCUGCCGACUAGCAGAGGUUUCGACACAUUCUUUGGUUUGUACACAGGGGGAGGGGACCAUUGGUACUACAAUCGCUCUAUGGAAGGCCACCGAGAGUUCUCGGGACACGAUCUGCACGACGACACCGCGAAAGAGUUGAGGAAUGUCCGUCAAUAUGACGGCAUCUACAGCGCCGAACUCUUCACAUCGAGGGCGCAAGAAAUCAUCAAGACACGCCAGGAAGAUCAGCCUUUCUUCCUGUAUCUGGCCUACAAAAAUGUCCAUUUCCCAUUACAAGCUCCCGAACGCUACAAGAAUCUAUACCGUGACUCCAUCAAUAAUGCGGCUUACAGACAAACCUACGCGGGAAUGGUCAGUGCCGUGGACGAAAGUGUGAGAAACUUGACGAAGACGCUCUGGGAAGAGGGCGUCUGGGAUAACACCAUCAUCAUCUUUUCGUCAGACAAUGGAGGUUCUUUAAACACCUUCGGAAACAACUGGCCGCUCCGUGGCGGCAAGGCGUUUUUGAAUGAAGGCGGAGUGCGCGCAGUGGGCUUCGUCAGCAGUCCGCUUCUACCUAAAGCCGUGCGGGGCACCAUCAACACACAGCUCAUCCAUGUCAGUGAUUGGUUACCAACGCUGGUGCGGAGUGUUGCCGGGGGCCAGACUAACGGCACUAAACCAUUGGACGGGUAUGAUGUAUGGCAGACUAUCAGUCAAGGGGCCGUGUCACCUCGUACCGAGAUUCUUCACAACAUCGAUCCCAUGUUCGACUAUGCCGAGAUCACCCACGAGGACCAGGCGUUGUUAGACUCCUUACCAGGAGACCAAAGGUUCGACCCCGGUUUCCGCGCAGCGAUCAGGGUCGGUGAUUGGAAGUUACUGACUGGAAGCUCAGGUUGUCCAUUUUGGCGUCGGCCGCCCGAGUCUCCUGACCUUAUCCCCAUCCAAUCUUGCCCGGGCUCAUCCUCAAACGCCAUCCAGCUGUACAACAUCAGGUACGACCCGCGAGAAACCUGCAACGUAGCCCGGGAUCACAAGGAGCUCGUGCUGAAGCUUCUACAGCGACUGCAGUUCUACCAAUCCGGGGCGGUACCUGCCAACUUCCCGGCCACGGACAGCCGGGCUAACCCGCUGUUACACGGUGGGCUCUGGAUGCCGUACCUGGAUUGACGAAGGGGCUUUUCCCAGACAAUUAUAGAUCGACCCAUUAAGCCCCGCCCCAUCAUGUAGUUUUGACCAAUCACGGCCCGACAAAUUCCGACCGGCGCGUAAGUUGUUGCCCACGUGCGCAGUGGGCGGGGCCUAAUAAAUCGGCAUAUUGCCAAACAUCGGCCUCGUCUCCGGUUCCGCCCCAGAGAGAGUUGCAGUCAAGUAAAAUAAGCUAAGCGAAAAGCAGCCGUAGGCGUGAAGUACGUACUUUUAUGACCAACUGAAAAUGAAAACUUACUUGAGCUUUUGUUGAGUUUUGUGGGUGGUGUACGCAGUGGCUGCCUUAUUUUGCGACUUGACUAUAAAAAAACCGGGUUCAUUUUAUUUGGGGGGG